AUGGACAGCACUUUCAUGAAUAGCCGCAUGGCCAACGCCGGUAGCCCCAUUGUACGAACACAAUCGGGCGAUAUCCGGGGUCAGAUAUCUGACGGCAUUCAUGUAUUCAAAGGCGUCCCAUUCGCAGCAUCGCCAUUCGGACCCAAUCACUUGCGCCCGCCCCAGCCCGUCACAUCUUGGGACGGCGUGCGUGAUGCCCUCACCUUUGGGCCGAAGUGCCCUCAGGUACCCUACCCACCCGGAGUGGGUGAGGCACUCGCCGAGGUUGUUACCACCGGGGAGGACUGCCUAACGCUCAAUAUAUGGACCCCCAGUAUCGGAGCACCGACGACCACUGGGGAAGGAAUGCCGGUCAUGGUGUGGAUUCCUGGUGGCAUGUUCGAGUUCCACGCCACGGGCGGCUCGGCCUACUAUGACGGUAGCAGAUUUGCCCGUGAUGGUGUUGUGUGCGUGACCAUCAGCUACCGCGUCGGCCUCGAGGGCUUUCUAUACCUGGCGGAUGAUGGAAUAGCUAAUCUGGGCCUUCUUGACCAGAUCGCCGCACUCGAGUGGGUGCGGGAGAAUGUGGCUGCGUUCGGCGGCGACCCGAGCAGAGUCACCAUAUUUGGCGAGUCGGCCGGGGGGAUGAGCGUGGCCACGCUCCUGGCCGUCCCGCGAGCCAGGGGACUUUUUCGCCGCGCCAUCGUGCAGAGUGGCAACGCGCCGCGGUUGAACACACCGGGCACUGCAGCACGGAUUGGUCAGCGCGUUGCGGAGAUGUUGGGAGUUGAGGCGACACGGGAUGCGCUGGCUUCAAUGCCCUACGAGCAGAUACUUGAGGCGCAGGGCAAGCUGCGGAUGCAGCUCCAGAUGCAGCCCGAUCCGGCAAUCUGGGGCGAGGUUGCGCUCACUUUCCUACCAUGGGCACCGACCAUCGACAGCGACAUCAUCCCAGAUCAUCCUGCCACUCUCGUGGGCGCGGGCAGUGCGGCAGACAUCGACCUGCUCGUGGGUUCCAACACCGAGGAGACGCGGCUGUUUUUCCUCUCAGACGGCUCCAUCGACCGCAUGACUGAAGGCGCCGUGUCCGCCAUGGCAGGCGCAUAUGGUCUGACAACACAGGGUCUUGAAGCUUACCGAAAGUCUCACCCAAAGUUCAGUGCUGGUGAGCUGUUGUCAGCCAUCCAGACCGACUGGUACUGGAGGAUUCCGGCUCUGCGCUUCGCAGACGCCCAUUCCAAGGCAGCCAGCCCUGGUGCCGGCACCUACAUGUACGAAUUCGCUUGGCGCUCGCCCCAGAUGGGCGGGCGUCUCGGCGCUGCGCACUCAGUGGAGAUUCCCUUCGUUUUCGAUACCCUCGGCCUCAACACAGAGACACUACUCGGGCCUACGCCCCCCCAAGGACUUGCAGAUGUCAUGCAUCGAGCUUGGGUUGCGUUUGCCAUGUCAGGGGAACCCGCCUGGCCAAGGUACGAGGAGGAACAGAGACAGACGAUGCACUUUGACGACAGUGUCUCGGCAGUAGUGGAAAACCCACUUCAAAUUGAAUUAAAGCGAUGGGACAACUGA